AUGCCCGAAUCAACGAUGCCGCAAAUUACGAUGAUCGAGCUCACACCUGAGGAGCUGACAUCCAAGAGCAUCGGCUCUCAUAAUCUCCAAAAGUCCCUGGAGGCUUUACACCGUGACGGCAUCGUGGUGCUCAAGAAUGCGGUUGAUCCAGAUCAUCUGGAUCGGUUGAAUGCCCGCAUGGUGCCAGAGGCAAAACAACUGUACGCCCGCACAGAAACCCAUCGGAACUUCGGGCCAAACACAGGGAACAUCCAACAGGAGCCCGUCUGUGAGCCUGAAUACAUCUUCGAAGAUGUUAUCGCCAACCCCUUUGCCACCUCCGUCAUCGAGGGCAUCAUCGGGCCUCACCCGCAGCUGAGGUUUUACAGUGCAAACACUGCCUUCAAGGCGACCGCACGACAACCAGUGCACAUUGACAUCGACUUUGACAUGCCGAGAAUGCCGUUUGCGUUCUGUGUUAACAUCAAUCUCGUGGAUACGUCACCCGAAAACGGCGCGACAGAGGUGUGGCUGGGCAGCCAUAUCGACACGGACCAGAGUGUGUUGGACCAUAGUGUCAAACACAAGCAGGUCAAGGCUGAUUUGUUGGAAGCGAGGCGCAAGAUCAGCCCUGGAAUACAGCCCGGGUUGCCCAAGGGCUCUCUGGUGAUCCGUGACUUUCGUCUGUGGCAUGCCGGAAUGCCAAAUCAAACGGACGAUCCCCGGGUGAUGUUAGUGACGAUCCAAUUUGCUAAUUGGUACCGAAGUGAGCAGAAGCUGUUGCUACCCAAGAGCCUCCAGGGCAAGGUCAACUUUGGGAGACUAGUUCCAUGUGUGGAUUGGGUUGACGACGGAUAUGACUAUCUGAAGGGGGCACACACUCAUGACUUUUCGUUGUUGCCUUAG